GGGGGAUAAAUAUAUGCGCAGUCGCGAUGCAUUCGAGGACGGAGGGGAACUAAUUUCCACGGGAGGACACAUUUUAACAGAACACCCAAACACUGUCAUCAAACAUGGCGUCCCUUGACAGAGUAAAAGUGUUAGUGCUGGGAGAUUCUGGUGUUGGCAAGUCUUCUCUGGUCCAUUUGUUGUGUCAAAACCAAGUUUUAGGAAAUCCAUCUUGGACAGUCGGCUGUUCGGUGGACGUUCGGAUCCAUGACUAUAAAGAGGGAACUCCAGAGGAGAAGACCUUCUACAUUGAGCUGUGGGACGUCGGCGGAUCCGUUGGAAGUGCCAGCAGCGUCAAAAGCACCAGAGCAGUCUUCUACAACUCAGUCAAUGGAAUUAUAUUGGUGCAUGAUCUGACGAAUAAGAAGUCCUCGCAGAACCUGUACCGCUGGUCGCUGGAAGCUUUGAACAAGGACUCGUCUCCAACGGGGGUCAUCGUGUCGAACGGGGACUACGACCGAGAGCAGUUUGCCGAGAACCCGGUGCCUCUGCUGCUGAUCGGAACCAAGUUUGACCAGAUUCCAGAGAGCAAGCGGAGCGAAGUUCUGACCCGGACGGCUUUUCUGUCCGAAGAUUUCAAUGCGGAAGAGAUCAAUCUGGACUGCACCAACCCCAGGUAUCUUGCUGCAGGAACCUCGAAUGCUGUGAAACUCAGCAGGUUCUUCGAUAAGGUCAUAGAGAAGAGAUAUUUCACCAGAGAUCCAAGUCCGAUGGCGGCUUUCACCGACAGAAAGAGGUUCAACUUUAAGAGUCUGCACUACGACUGAAGAGCUGUGAGACUGAACAUAAACCCUCCACCCACAGAACUUAUGAAAGGAAUUAAAGAUCAUUUCUGAAAUGAAGAGGAACUUUUCUUGAAAGUGAAAACGAUCAUAUUUUACAUUGACAUAAAGGAGAGCUCUCCUUCAACAUUCCACUAUUUCUUCAUGACUUCUCUAAUCCAGGAGAGGAAGAAGUUUAUCUUGAUGAAGACGUGCGGAAACUCUGGAUUAUCGCAGUCGUUUUCCUUGGUGAAAGCAGUCAGACCCACAGGUCUGCCGUUGCAGAUCAGCGGUCCACCAGAAUCCCCCUAAACAUAUUUGACAUUAGACGGAAAAGCAGAAUAAAAAUGUGAAAUGUG